GUGGCGAAUUAUACGAUCCCAGGAGCGUCCAAUAUAAAGUCCUGGAAUUAUACAUUAACGGGCCUCAUACCGAAUACCAACUAUGAAGUCACGAUAAGGGCCAUUGUCGAGGGAGCAGAAUUCUCUGAUCUCUGGUCCAAUUCUUCUAGGGUGAAAGGCAAAACCAAGCCAAAAGACAGGAGCCCAGAUACGCCGCUUGGGAGCUUCCACGUAGAGCGGAUUGAUGAUAGUCUCAGGAAUAUCUCCCUUUAUUGGAUCCCGUUGAGCGACUGGGAACAUUACUCCGACAACUUCACUUACUUGUACCGGCUAACAAGACAUCUUAUCACAACAAAUAUAGGAAUUCCUUGUCCAACGAUCCAAAACAAGACCUCUACGCAUGACGGGGAGUAUAUCUUGGAAUGGAGAGCCCUGGAAGAGGAGAAGACGACGAAUUUCACUGUAUUUUGGUGCUCUUCUCAUCCGGCUUGGCCUAACUGUGAUUCGAACAUUAACUGGCAAGUCGUUUCGAAGAAAACCACCACUUUUGGGCUGAAGUCCAACGAGUCCCUUAAAUUCGCCAUCUCGGCCAAUGGAGAAUCUGGAAGUGGCAGUGGCAUGGGCUGGGAGAAGAUCGUGUUUGAAUCAAAAUCAGGUUGCCGAGGCUACGUCUGGCUCCACUUCAAGAAUGAGUUCGAUUGUGAUAGAUAUGAUCAUCUGAGUCUUGCCGGACCAUCACUUGUAUACCGCAUGAUAGCCAAUGUUGGCCCAAUGUUGUGUGCUGCCGGCGGAAUCGGGAAUCGACUCAUUCUGGGAUUCGACCCAAAGGGGAUCCCUCAACGUAACACACGAGUCUCGAUGAGUCCGCAGCUCGGCCAUGGAGGAAUUGUUGAUGUGCGCACGCUAGAUCAGUAUUUCUCUAUGGCUGCUUUGGUGAUCACGGUCGUUGCUGUGGCUCUGGUCGUUUCAGCUGCACUGGGGGGCAAUAGGUUGUGGAAACACUUGCAGGAGCCCAACCCAAAGCUGCCGGGACCUUUACUUAAGCAUACAUAUUCUCUGCCAUACUUGGGAAAAGAUGCUGCUCCUCUUAUGGGUGAUACUGUCGGGGUUCACAGAAGGAGGAACUCAGAAACAGGAACCAUCGCAUACACAUCAGAAGCAUACGUCCAAGUUGGAAUACAGAAAGAGGUAGCACAUUUCUUUCAGCCCGAUGGUGGGCCUCCGUCGGCACGAGCGGGAUCGUGGCAGGUGCGGCAGAAUGUCAUUGCUAGUUGGAGGACUUAUCGAACAUCGAUAGCGUUCGCCCGCUUCUUGAUGGACAGAAGCUGGGCCGAUGGUGGGAGGCUGACCCGACGUUCAGUGUUCGCGGAUGAGCAGCUUUUGAGGGCUCAGUCAAGGUGCCGUUUCAUCACCAUCUCUAUGACGUUUUUGAAUGACAUUCGUUGA